AUGAGAAAAGUCAUCUACGAAUUCGGACAGUGUGAUCCAAAGAAAUGUAGCGGUCACAGGCUGGUUAAAAACAAGAAGAUAAGCUCGAUUCCCAUCAAAAGCCACUUUAAUGGCAUAGUGCUCUCACCAGAUGGCAAGUGCACCAUUUCUCCGGCAGAUAGAGACCACAUAGCGAGGUUUGGCAUUGGGCUGAUAGACUGUUCCUGGAACCAGAUAGAUAGCUUUGACUUCUCCAAGUUGCCAAAAAGGAAUAAUAGACUCCUUCCCUGGCUGGUGGCUUCAAAUACGAUAAACUACGGCAGACCUUGGAAAUUAAAUUGUGUUGAGGCACUGGCAGCAAGUCUGUAUAUAAUUGGAGAGAAAGAAGAGGCAAGAAGCAUGUUUGAGGGAUUUAGUUAUGCGGAAGAGUUCUUCAGGCUGAAUGAGGAAGUUUUGGAGCUGUAUAGUAAGUGCAAGGAUGGUGCAGAGGUGGUAAAAGUUCAAAAUGAGUAUAUCGAAAAGCUAUUCAGCAAAGAAAAAACGUAG